UCUGAGGCUCAAACUGUCAGACAUCCGUGCAAACAUGCAGACUCAUAGACUGGCUUACUUGAUCCAUAUCUUCAUCUUCGUGAUUUUUUACAGGUCCGUCUCAGAAGCCAACGACAAUGCCAGCAGUAACAGAACAACUUGCAACGGAGACAAGCCUGAGAAUUUAGACAUGCACUGUUGCAAUGGGAAGCUUUACAAUCCAGAAAAAGACACUUGUUGCAAAGGUCACAGAGAAAAUAUAACAGAAGGUCUGAGUGAAAAGGUGUCCAAAUGCUGUGGACUGCAAGCUUACCUCCCACUCAAUGAAAUCUGUUGUAACUUUAUUGUACAACCUAAGCCUUCACCCAUGGCUGAGUGUUGUGGUAAAGAGGCCUUUGAUAAGGAAGAACAGCUGUGUUGUGGUUCAAACAGGAAGAUCCUGACCAAAAAAUCUUCGGACCAUCGGUGCUGUAUAGAGGACCAGUACAACAUCGAGACUGAGUGUUGCUGUACCAAUGAAAAAGUACACGUUCAUCCCAUAAACUCAAAAUGCUGUGAAAAGAAUCCCCCAAACACCGACAGUCCUGCUCCAGCAGAUCUUCGCUCUAAACUUAAGUUACAUUUUUGUGGGUCAACGUCUUAUAAUCCCAUGAAGCGACACUGCUGUCAGAGAAAACAUGGACACCCAAAGGUGUCGUACCCCUCAGAUGCUUCACCUACUCUGUACGACCCAACGAAGAACAUCUGCUGUGAAGGCCGUUUGAUAACACGGAAACCAUGGAUGGAUCGAUGCUGUGGAGACACACCGUAUGGUUUAGCACAAAGGGGAGUCCUAUGCUGUAAAAACGUCUUGUUCAAAGACAGAGAAGAUGAAGAGGAGUGUUCGGAGAGCGGAGUACCUUACAAACCUUUGAAAGAGACUGUCUGUGUUUCUAAACGCCAUAACUCUCCCGGAGGACACUGCUGUGGGGAGGAUCUCUACCACCCCAACAAAACUAUCUGCUGCAAAGGACACAGCUACAAUCGAGCAAUACACAUUCGCUGCUGCGGAGUUCAGGCCUACAGCAUUCUUGACCCGUUACAGAAGUGCUGCGAAGGAACUCUUUAUAACUUGACAAGUGAGGAAGUGGAUGGCAUGCAGUGCUGUGGGUCUGUGCUGCUGAACGUAACGAACCAGGAUGUUUGCUGUACAAGUGAGGACAAAUCCUUGUUGUACCCAGCCAGGAAAGGAUUUCAGUGCUGUGGCCACCACUACUACAACCCUGCUCUGUGGUCAUGCUGUGCAGGCAAACUGAGUCCAGUACACAAAACAAUUUACCCUACAAGCCAUAGCAUGAAAGAAUCCAAACUUCAGUUGGUGAGCAAUCUCAACAAAACACAACUUUGCAAUGAAAUCUUCAUUGGGAUUGUGGAAAGUGUGUCUCGUGGCAGCACUGUGUUUAGCAAUGUGCUGAAAAUCAAAGGAAAUCAUGCCACAGUGGAACCAAAUGUUUUCAUCCUGGAAACGACUGAUCAGUGCAAAUUCCUCGGACUCACCACUGGAAAAACUUACUUCUUCAAUUAUGUUGAUGUCUUCACUGAUUUCAACCAUGAGUCUGUCUUGCAGUUGCUGCAUUUCAUUUUGUCCAAAUGUUCUUAUUAGGUCACCACUGGCUGGUCUGGUCCUAAUCAUUUUACCAAUACUAUGAGAAGUUCCUCAAUUCAUUUACUUAGAAUUGGUAAAUAACAUUUGUCAAUAUAACUUAGACGUAUUCACUUUAUCUUAUAUAUGACUCAAUAUGUGAAUCUGUCCAACUUGGACAUUUUAUGUACUGAUGUUUUUUUACUCAUAUUGACUCAGUUUCACAUUGUGUGACGCUGCCAAUAGAAAGUAAUUUUACUUAAAUUAUUCCCCUUAUAGUGCAUCUUUACUCUGUUACUUUGCACCAAGUUUGAAAGUAACAUUAAUUACCAAAGUCUGACAAGAGUUACAGUAGCACAAGUGAUGCUCGAUCCAAGCAUCUAACAGUUUAGAUGCGAAAAAGCUAACCUAACGGCAGUAGCCUCUCUGAGAGAAAUGCACGAUGUUCUCAUAAGCUAAACUUCUGUCAGCCUGUUUUUUAAUAGAAAUAUAUUUUCCAUAUUAAAUUAUGCUACUUUUAUUUCUGCACUAUUUGGAUUUGUCUGACAACAGAAUGUUUAUAUUUAUAGAAUGUAUUUAAACAUUAUGAAUAAAGCUAAAUACAUAUUUUAAAAACCAUAUCAGGGCUUUAAACAUGCUACAACCCUAAAUCGGUCAUUCAAAAUUAAAAUAAAAUCUACUUUUAUACCUUGGAUUUAUGCUCGUUUGUGUCAUCAGAACUCCAACUGUUUGCUUCAAGUAGUAUUAUUUUUAUUUUGGUAGCAUCUCAUAUAAAUGUGAUUUCUGUUCUCAUGCACAUGCAUUGGAUGAGGAAAUGAUGGUGUUUCUGAAUUUGUUUCAUUAUAUCAUUUUCGUCCUGCAGUAUGUAAAUGAAUAAGCAGACGGAGCUGAAACUCAGUGAAGCUCAGUCAUUAUCUACAGCAUGUUUACUAACUGAUUAUCAUUUGUUUUUUGCUAUAUGUUCAUUUUGAAAACAAAACUGAAUGUACUGUUGGUGCUUAUUCCUUUUUAAGAAACUUUAAAUAAAAAGCACUAAAAAUUAA